UGUCACUUGACUGUUAUGUUUUCAUAAAUCAUAAUAUGGUUCUGAAAGAAAUAAUUAUUUAGUAGGAAAAUAAAUCAGUUUUUCUUUCUAUAAAACAUUUUUCAUCAAGUUGAAAAUGUUACAUUUAUCCUUUAUCAAACAAUUUUCACGGUUAGCUGUAAAUGCAGUCAGAAUACCAGCAAAUGCUAAGAAUAUUAGCACAACAGCUGCAGUGCAGUUUAAGAUAACUGAUCAAUUAUGGGCUGAACCUAUGAAAAAGAAAAAGAAAAUGGACCCCGCUAUCAUCAAAGCCAGGGAAGACAGGAGAAGGAAGAAAUUAGAGAAACAAAUUCGGAGAUUGGAGAAAAAUGCUAAACAGCUGAAACCUAUUGAUGAAAUAGAACCACCGCUACACAUCCUUGAUCAAUUAGGCAAACGAAAACGUCCAGCGUUAAAUUUGACACCAGAACAAGUAGAGGCUCGGGCACUAUUAAACAAGGACUGGACGAGAUACAAACGUCAAGAGUACAUGGCUAACAUUGCACAGAUUGACAGGAUAAUGGCUGCACAGAAACGGGCACUCGAUAUGCUGUAUGAAGAGUCUGAGGAUUUGUACAAUGAAGCUAUAAUGCCUGAUCUACAAAUUCUUCCAUACAGUGUGGAAGGCACAUAUGCAACUCCACCAAUUAAGAAUUAUGAUUCACCUGAUGGAGAAUAUAUAGAUGUAUCAAAGAAAUGGGGCAAUUGAAGUACAUAGAUAAUAUUUGUAACGUAAUAAUUAGUAAUUAAAUUUAAAUAUGCCAAGA